GUACCUUUGAAAGCUGUCAGUCUAGGUUUUUGGUGACACCCCCUCUCCCUGCACUCGCCUUGGGUGGAUGGAUUGCCUCGCAUGCUCUCUACUGCUUACUUCGGCAUAUUGGUUUCGCGGAUGAUGAAGUCCCUGUGCGGCAGGAACUUAGAUCCAGCCUCUUCUUUUGCGCGUGUUGUUUCGUGGGACUCUACCGUGUGAAGGGGCUCUGGCUGGGCGCCAGUGCACGCACGCACCCCUUUCCUCCCGAUCGGCAGGGACGGGGUUCUUGCUUCGAUCAUGAGCGAUGCAAGGGGUCCUGUCAUAGGUGUCUCGAUCGCCUUCUUUGUCGUGGCAAGUAUUUGUGUCAUCCUCCGCUUUUACACCCGGAUUGCCAUAGUCAAAAAUGUCCACCAACAUGACUACUGGUGCCUGCUGGCCUGGAUGGUCGACUUUGGCUUCACCUUCUCGCUCCUUUAUGCAGCAAGUAAUGGCCUGGGUCUUCCUUCUGCAAGUAUAGACCCGGAGUGUCGGGAUCGGAUCAACCCAGCCAUGAUGACAGUCAAGACUUCAUUCCUUGUCUUCUACUUGAGCUUCGCCAAAGGCCAUCCAACGUUCCGACUGGCCAUCUACGCUACCCUUUUCGUGGUGAAUGUGGCCGGCCUGGUUUUGACUUUCCUCAAUGUGUUCCAGUGCAGUCCAGUCGCAGCUGCAUUUACGUCUUCAUUGCGCUCAACAGCAAAAUGUCUGAAUGUCAUCUCGCUGGCCUUGACCAGUGCGCCGGUGAACAUCCUCACAGGCCUCGCGAUUCUGUUUCUGCCGAUUCCCAUGUUGACCAAUAUGAAUCUGCCUCGGAGUCAGAAGGUUAUUGUCACUGGGCUGUUUGGUUGCGGAAUCUUUGUAACCAUCAUCGAUGUCAUUCGGAUCAUCUACAUCCAGCGCGCCGUGACAGAUAGCGAGGAGUCAUCAUUGACGCAAGGACAGACUGAUGGCACGACGUUAGUUGAGAUUUCAGCACCCGCUGCCUUGUCGAUGAUGUGGUCUGUCGCGGAGGUCAAUAUGGCUGUUAUCUGCACCUGCAUUCCGCUUCUGAAACCACUUGUUGUUCGGGUUGUCCCAGCCAUCAUUGGCGUCACUCAUAAGAAACAUGGGAGUACGAAGAAUAGCCUACAGUUUCCUGCGGCACUCUAUCCAUCUUUGCCCUCGCCCAAUGCUGUAUUUUUCUCUAACAGACAGAUCACUCGUUCAGCAUCCAGUAGCAGUGGAACAUUUGCCCACAAGAGGAAUACGCGCGACAGUGAUGCAAGACUAGCAACACAGCGGGGAUAUCAAGGAUCAACAGACAUGCUCGAACAUGCAUAUCCGUUGGAAUCCCGCCUAGAUGCCCAGUCAACUGGCGCCCUCCCCAUGGAAUUCUCUCCCACAAAUCAGAACUAUGGCUUUGUCGACUUUGUCGACUUUGUGCAGAUGAACAAACCAAAGAGCAUGCUAAAGCUGACCAACAAAGAAUCACUAGCCCCUCUCGCGAUCGUUGCAAUCAUCUUUUUCGUCUGGGGGUUCUCAUACGGCCUUCUCGGGACCUUAGGAAUUCGCCUCCAGGACAUCCUGGGUCUAAACUCCUGGCAAUUCCUGGGCAAUCACAGUGCAUAUUUCAGCGGAUACCUGCUUAGCCCAUUAUUGAUUGGCCGCUGGACGCUCAAGAAAUGGGGCUUCAAGGGCACAUUCAUCACAGGGCUGUGCCUAUACGCCUGCGGAACAUUGAUAUUUUGGCCCUCUGCCGUCUUGCUCUCAUACCCUGCUUUCGUCGUCUCCAACCUCGUCAUUGGCAUAGGCCUCGGGGUGUUAGAAACAGCCUCCGACUCGUUCAUCGCUCUCUGCGGACCACCUGAAUACGCUGAAAUCCGCUUGAACUUCGUGCAGGGCAUUCAGGCCACGGCGUCCGUCGUCUCGCCUCUUCUGGCCCAGAAGGUGCUAUUCAGGAGUGUCACCCGGGACACGGCCCUUGUUGACCCUCAGUGGACGUAUCUGAGCAUCGCAUUCUUUGUCCUCAUCCUCGCCGUGGUGCUGUAUUACGUGCCUCUCCCAGAAGCACCCGACGAAGACCUGGAGGAACUAGCGACGCACAAUGAAGAAACCCAUCCGACGAAAAUCAUGGGCGUCCCUGUGAUCUGGAUCACCCUGGUGUUAGGUGCCACCUCACUCUAUUUCUACACAGCCGGACAAGAGAUCCUAUCCACCAGCUUCGAGACUUUAGUCUCCACCUCGAUCCCAAACUCCCGUCUCUCCCCCUUCGACUACCUCACAAUAGGCCACGCCAUCUUCGCCGCCGGCCGCUUCAUAACCGCAUUUGUACUAUAUCUCCUCAAACCCCGCUGGGUCCUCUCGAUCGCAUACACCUGCACAAUCAUCUUCUCAAUCCUCUGCAUGAGCACCAGCGGCACCACAGCUGUGAUCAUGGGCCUGCUGGUCUAUCUCUUCGAAAGCGGCAUCUUCAGCACCGUCUUCACCAUCUCCCUGCGCAGAAUGGGCCGGCAUACCAAGACCGCUGCGCCGAUUCUAGCUACUGCUGUUAGCGGUGGCGCGUUCCUCCCCUUCGCUCAGUACGGAGUGUCGGAAUCACAUGGGGUGACUUACUCUUAUUGUGUUCUGGUGGCGGUGUUCUGUGCUGGGGCUGUGUUCCCGUUGUAUCUGACUUUUGUGCCGAAGGCGAAGAGGCAGAUUGAUCCUCGGGAUGUGUCGAUGGGUUCUGCUCGGAGGGGGCAGUCUGGAGACUUUCAUGGCACUUCCACUCCCGCUGAGGGUCAAAAGGAUCACUUGGAAAUGGAUUCGCAGAGAGGCUCUGGAUCUUGA